AUGUCAGUAUUCGAACUAGAGGACUAUCUGCACUUGUGCGAGUCUGCUCUGGCCGCCCUCUCCCGCCGCCCCGCACGCCCGAGCUCGCGAGCCUGCCGGAAGAGGCUGCAGCCAGGCCGGGUCUGGCCCAGACCUCCGAGCCAGGCCCGACUCAGGUUUGGCGGCCUUGGGACCGCACUUCCCUGCGGCCCAAAGCCCCCUGUCGCACCCCGCUGGCGAUCUCCCUGCAACCCGGCGCGUUGCGUCCCCGCCGGCCCCGCGAUGCUGCGCUCGGCCUCGCGGCUGCAGCCAAGGCUCCCGCCGCCGCUCAGGUCCUGUAGGGCCGACCUUGAGCCGGCGCCACUCCCAAGACGCCGCCAUUACCCCCCUGAGGUGGCACCACCUCCUCCUCCGUCUCCGCCACCGGACAUCGCCCCGGCCGACCUCCCCCGAUCGCCGCCGUCGCUGCCGCAAGCUCCAACCCGAGAGGAAGUCACGGCCCGUUCUCCGCCGCCGCGCCACGGCUGCUGCCGCCGCCGCAGACACCUCCUCCCGGACCUCCCUCGACCUGCUGCUCCCAUCCCCGCGGCGAGUGCCCGCCGUCCGAUCGCCGCGGCCAUCCUAGCUCCACAGCUCCGUGAGUUAGUUACUUUUGGUCCAGCACUCGCUGUUUUGCGUUCACGGUCACUGUCCGUGAUUCCGAUUGACUCCCUGGCACCUCGGAGGUGA